AUGAGAUGUGCGGGGUCUUCAGCAGGGAAGAAGGCUGAGGCCCUUGGUAAAAUAGACCUUAAAUGCAUCCAUGCUCUAAUCUUCCAACAUGGAUCCAACCAAAACCUUCUCCUCUCCACAAAGCUUGUUACUUUGGCAUCUUCCAUGGCCCCUACCAUGGACUAUGCACGAAAACUGUUCGACACAAUGCCCAAAAGGGAUGCGUUUCUUUGGAACACUUUGAUCAGGGGUUAUGCUGAUCGGGGUCCUUGCCAUGAAGCCAUAGUUUUGUACAGAAACAUGCAUCACAGUGGGUUGUCCCCUGAUAACUAUACUUUCCCUUUUGUGGUUCGCUCCUGCACAGUGCAGUUGGCUUUGAGGGAAGGGAAAGAAGUGCAUUGUAACAUUAUUAAAUAUGGGUUUCAUUCAGAUGUGUUUGUUCAGAGCUCUUUGGUCAGUAUGUAUUCACAAAGUGGUGAAACUUUGAACUCAGAGUUUGUUUUCAGUGACAUGAUUGUGUAG